AGAAUUCUAAUGAAGAUACUGUGGUUUGGAUUUACCACGUUUGUUUUUUCCAGACACCUUACCUAUUUUUUAUUUGUUUCCUGUGUUUCCCUGUAAUCAUAUUCAGAAAAUAGUUCUAAAUUUCAUUCUAUUUCUCUGGACAUUGUAUACUCAGUAACAUAUUACUUUAGGUAGAAAUUAAAACAUACUUUUUUUUUGAAGAAUGCUUUUAAAAUCUAGUCACUGUGUGACAUUACUUUCUACAUUUAAUUUCAAUUUGUUACUAUACGUACACUGAUACUUAUCUAUUGACUACUAUUUUUUGAUGAGUUUUUUCUUUUUAAGUGAAGUCACAUGUACAGAUCAUAAGGGAACACUUCAGUAGAAUUUCACAAACUGAUCACAUCUCUAUGAUCCACUGAGAACAAGAAACAUAAAUGUUGUUCCUCUAUAAUUAUUUUUCAUGGCUAGUGGGUUUUUUUAAUAUGUUUUAGAAAUCUUCUCUAAUAUUGAAACCACAGGCACAAAUCUUUUUCUUUUUCCAAACAUAUCAUUAUCUUUACGAUUCCAAUCAGAAAUGUAUUAAAAAUACCUGUGUUGUGUGGUUUGCGUACAGACAUAGGUUUCUAUUCUUUGUCUUUCCCCAACAUGGCUACAAAUUUCAAUGUAUUCUGAAAAUGUUUGAGCAUGCUUUCUUUUCAUUGGCUUGAACAAAUCAUUUCUUCACAUGGACUAACCUCAUUGUUAUCUUGGAACAGACUUCUGUCAGUUCUCUGUCUUUUUCUGCCUCUAGUGAUGUUGAGAAAUCUCACAAGACUACACCCUCAGUGUCAGUUUUGAGGUCAAAAACGUUCUAUCUGGAGUCCCUUCUCUCCCCUGCCCCUCAGCAUAAACACAGAGCCACCCGAGGGAAGUAGCUCAGUAGAGACCCUGGAUGUCUGCCUACCUUACUCCAAGCUCCCACCUCCCUAUGCUCUGGUGAGCCUGCCCUUCUCUCUCAAGCCUGCCUCAUUCUCAGCAAGGUCGGUCCCUGCUCCAAGAGACCUGCACAAGUUGCUGCCCACACCUCAUUUCCUGACCAAACAGUUCUGGAGGGCCUCAGUUCUGGUGGAGUUGAUGUCAGGUCUCAAUUCACAAGCAGACUGCAGUGCAUCUAGCUAUGACUUACCAUGUUCAGGCCAGGGACCCUACACUGUCCAUAGCAAUCAAGGAGAGCAUCUACAGGCCGCUGUCUAAAUGGUCUACGGGAGACAUAACUGUCUUUUCUAACAUACAGAGGAAGGCAGGGCCUUAGACAAAAUGCCAAGGUGGAAGAAUUUAUCCAAGUCAAAGAAGAAGAUAUGGCCAUGAAGAGAGAUUUAAGUGAAAUGGUUGUAAGUAACAUGCUUGAUGGAGAAUUGAAGGCAAUAUUCAUAAGGAUACUCUCUGGGUUGAAAAAAGAAUAGUGAGAACCUUACCAGGGAGCUAAAACAGCUAAAAAAGAAUCAAACAGAGAAGAACAGUGCAAUGAACAAGAUUGAGGGACACUUGGGUGGGUCCUUGAAUUAAGCAUCCAACUCUUGAUUUUGGCUUAGGUCAUGAUGUCACGGUUUGGGAGACAGAACCCCAACUUAUUCUCUGCAGUGACUGCCUCUGGAGUCUGAUAGGGAUUUUCUCUCCCUCUUGCUCUGCCUCUCUUGUGCUUUCACUCUCUGUAUCUCUGAGAAAAUAAACAGUUUUUUUUUUUAAGUAAAGAAAAGGAAAAGAUUGGAAACAGGCUUAGCAGUGAACAGCAGGCUGGAAGUACCAGAGGAAUGACUUUGUCAACUAGAAGAAGAAAAAAAUGAAGAAAAAGAAUGACUCUAAGCAAAAGACAGGAGAAGAAUCAUGCAACAGUAUUGACUCGGGGAACUCAGAGACUCCAUCAAAUGUAAUAAUAUUUGCAUGAUAGGAGUCUCAGAAGCAAAAGGGAGAGAAAAGGGGGGGGGGUGGAAGUACUUUAUUUUAAGAAAUAUUAGCAGAAAUCUUCCAUAAUCCUGGAAGAAAACAGACCUCCAGAUCCAGGAAUGUCAAAAUAGAUAAAAACAAAAAAAUAAAAAACUAUAUGCUGCCUCUAAGGACUCAUUUAGACAUAGAGACACCUGCAGGUUGUUUUCUUAGAAAAGAAACAGGUUGUUUUCCACUGCUCCCCAGUGGAUUUCUUUUCUAAGUUAUUUGAUUUGUUAGGAUAUCAUUUUAUAUGUAGUUGAAGCAUUACCAAUUUUGUUAUUUUUCUUGUUACAUGGGCAUUACUUUCAAUGUUAUGUUACCUUUUUAUUCUGGUCUCUGUUUCAUUUAUUUCUGAUGUUGCCUUCUAAAUAAAAUAAUUUCAGAUUUUGCUUUGUAAUUUCUCCCUCUACUAAAUUUCAGCUAACAGACUUCCUUUUCUAGUUCCUUUUGGUGUAAUGUUGUUAAUUUCAAUGUUUUCCUUAACUGAAGCAUUUAUGGCAUUAAAAAAUAGAAAACUCAAAAGCAGUAGAAAACCUAGCAGAAAUAACUCAAGCGAUGACCAAAAUAAUACAAAAUAAAAAUAAGGAUCCUUUAGGGUUUUCUAUAGAUCGUGUCAUCUGUGAACAGAGAUAAGAUUUUUAGGAGUUUGUAGCCUUCUUUACAGUAGUUAUUCCUUUCAUUUGUAACCUGGUAAUGCUGGUACCACAGAGAGUAUUUUCAUAUUUUCCCUUAUCUUCACUCCUUGGAAAUACUCAAGGAGAGUUUAAGUACUUUCUCGUGAAAUGCUUGUUUGAAUGAUCCACUGAAUUUAUCGGACAUAGCAGCUUUCCUUGUUUAGAGUUAGUUUGUUUUUUUGUUUGUAUUUGCUUAAAUUACUCUUUGAAUCUACUUACUACUCAGCAAUAGUGAUUUUUUGUUGUUGUUGUUUUCAUGAUGGAGUAUAGGUGGUUAUACCUUAUUUGAAUUCAUUAUCCUCUGUUGGUAUCAAUUUGUGGGCAUAUAAUUAUCCAUUGUUGCCUCUUUUAUUCAUUUUAUUUCAACAGUAUCAGUGAUAACAUGUCUGCUUUCACUUCACUGCUGCUUUAGUUGGUCGUUUCUCUUUCAUUCUGACUUGAUUGAAAGGUCUAUCAAUUUUGUUCAUUUUUUCUCAAAGCCAAUGCUUCCUCUGGUUGCUGUGGUCUUAGUUUUACUGUAUGCUAUUUUGUUGAUUUCAGUUUUAUGUUUAAGUUUCCUUCUGUGGUGAUUUUGGGCUCAUGUGGUAGUUUUCCUGAUCAUUCAAGGUAUAAGAAAAUGAUUUCUACUAUAGCAUGACAGUACUACAGAAUUAUCUAUUAGGACUUAUGGUCAGUAUGUUGCAUGCAACUUUAUGUGUCCGUGAAGGAAUGAAGUCCUGAUGAUUCCUUCUCAAACAUUUAGUCGUUGUUUUCUGAUUGAUUCUAAGAUUGCAUAAUAGAAGUCUUCAGUAUAUUCAUCUGAGAGUAGUAAGUGGGAUGAUUUUACUUUUCUGUUAUUUGAUAUCUUUCAGCUGCAUCUUCACAAUGCACCCAGAAUUUCCUGCCAAAGCCGUACUUAGAACCUUCUCUCCAAAAAGUGUCAAUGGGUGAACAUAGUACCCUUGAGAAUUUACACUUAAUGAUAGAUUGUGACAACGAUGGGGAGAGUGAAGGGCAUCAAACAUAUGACGGACAUUUCCAAACAGAGACAUCUUCCCAUAGGAAGAAUCUCACUGACCCAUAUGGUGAAGGAUAUAAAGCAUUUUGCAAAACCUCCCCUUGUAAGUUAGCUACUUCUACAAAGCAGUGUGUUUCCGUCACCAAAAACUCAAGUCAAAGAUUCAAACAUAAUUAUUUGUCGAAAGAAAAUUUGGAAAAUCUGGAAAGUUACCUCAUUCAGGUGGAAAAUAAGUAUUUGAACCAAUUUGAAAAUAGGAUCGGAUUGACCUUUCAGACAACUGUUUUUGAAAAUCAUAAAUUUAAAAAUCAAGAAGAAAUUGUUAAGGGGUGUCAAUUUGAGGGGCACAUCACAAAGAAGUCAACCCUACAAACCUACGAGAGUAUUUUCAAUGGACAUAGAAUUGUUCCUUGCACUGCAUCUGAGAAAACAUUUAACCAGGGCUCAAUUGUUAACAAAUGUCUAUGUACUCAUUUGCCAGAUAACCAUUUUGAAUGUAAUAAAGGUAAGGAAAUUUUAUCUCAAAGAUCUAAACAUAUUAUACAGACGAGUAUGCCUAUAAAAGAAAAUCUUUAUAAAUAUAAUGCAUGUGGGAAAGAUCUGAAGGAGUCCUCCAGUGUUGGUGAUCAUCAGACAAUUUGUGUGGGAAAAAACACAUACAUGUGUAAUAAAUCUGGAAGUGUGUGGAGUCAGUCACGAAGACUAAAUGCACAUAGGACAAUUCGUCCUGGAGAGAAAAGGUACACUUGUAGGGAAUGUGGCAUAGUCUUUCAUUGGCACUCGGCACUAUCUCAACAUCAGCGAAUGCAUGCUGGAACGAAAUUGUACAAAUGUGAAGAAUGUGGUAAAACCUUUAAGGACUACUCAUCACUAAAUAAACACAGGCAAAUCCGCAUCAGAGUGGGACAUCACAAAUGUCAACAAUGUAGCAAAGCUUUUAGGAGGCACUCCUACCUUCCUAGACACCAGAGCAUCCAUACUGGAGAGACCCCUUACCAAUGUAAAGAAUGUGGCAAGGCCUUUAGCCAGCGCUCAACCCUUACUCAACAUCUCAGAAUUCACACUGGGGAGAAACCUUACCAAUGUAAAUAUUGUGAUAAGGCCUUUAGCCAGCACUCAAACCUUAUUCGACAUCAUAGAGUUCAUACUGGAGAGAAACCUUACCAAUGUAGAGAAUGUGGCAAGGUCUUUGGCCAGCACUCACACCUUACUCAACACCACAGAAUUCAUAGUGGAGAGAAACCUUACCAAUGUAAAGAAUGUGGCAAGGCCUUUAGCCACCACUCAGUCCUUAUUCACCAUCACAGAAUUCACACUGAAGAGAAACCUCACCAAUGUAAAGAAUGUGGCAAGACCUUUACCGAGCACUCAAACCUUACUCGCCAUCUCAGAAUUCAUACUGGAGAGAAACCUUACAAAUGUAAGGAAUGUGGCAAGGCCUUUACCCAGCACUCAAUCCUUACUCGCCAUCUCAGAAUUCAUACUGGAGAGAAACCUUACAAAUGUAAGGAAUGUGGCAAGGCCUUUACCAGGUACUCAAAUCUUAUUCGACAUCUCAGAAUUCAUAAUGGAGAGAAACCUUACAAAUGUAAGGAAUGUGGCAAGGCCUUUAAAGGACCCUCAGACCUCACUCGACAUUACAGAAUUCAUAGUGGAGAGAAACCUCACCAAUGUAAGGAAUGUGGCAAGGCCUUUACCAGGCACUCACACCUUAUUCAACAUCUCAGAAUUCACACUGGAGAGAAACCUCACCAGUGUAAAGAAUGCGGCAAGGCCUUUAGCUACCACUCAGUCCUUAUUCACCAUCGCAGAAUUCACACUGGAGAGAAACCUCACCAAUGUAAAGAAUGUGGCAAGACCUUUACCGAGCACUCAAACCUUACUCGCCAUCUCAGAAUUCAUACUGGAGAGAAACCUUACAAAUGCAAGGAAUGUGGCAAGGCCUUUACCAGGUACUCAAAUCUUAUUCGACAUCUCAGAAUUCAUAAUGGAGAGAAACCUCACCAAUGUAAGGAAUGUGGCAAGGCCUUUACCAGGCACUCGCACCUUAUUCAACAUCUCAGAAUUCACACUGGAGAGAAACCUCACCAGUGUAAAGAAUGUGGCAAGGCCUUUAGCUUGCAUUCAUGCCUUAUUCAACAUCUCAGAAUUCAUGCUGGAGAGAAACAUUACCAAUGUAAAGAAUGUGGCAAGGCCUUUACCUGGUUCUCAAUCCUUACUCGACAUCACAGAAUUCACACUGGAGAGAAACCUGAUAAUGUAAAAAGAAUGUAAGUCAGUGCCUGUAAGUGGUGCCCAGCCCUUACGGGACAUCAGAAAAUUCCUAUUGGAGAGUAACCAUACAAAUGUAAAGAAUGUGCAAGCUCUCCCUGCAAGUCACAACUUACUCCAUAUUCUAGUUAUCACAUAAGAGCCAAAGUGUGAAAUGGAAAGUGGCCAUGCCUUUACCUGGAAUUCAAUCUUUGCUCGAUAUCACAAAAUGCACCCUAGAUGCAAACCCUAGAAAUGUAAUGAAUGAAGACCCUCAUUUUAAAUAUACACUUUAGGAAACACAAGAGAUGCAUAUAAGAAAGUAACUGGAAAGAUAGAUUUACAAAAGUAUUUCAUUGAACAUCAAAUGUGAAUCAUGUUACAGAAAUCAAGUAGAAAGGAGUAUAUCAGUCAUUUCAUUCAGACAUUGCUUCAAAAUACUUAUAAGGAAUAGCACAGAGUUAGACACUUAGAAAACAUAUAUGCUAUUCUGGUUCUAAAGAUCUAGUGGAUCAGUUUUUGAAUAUAAUUAAUUUCAAAAUGUGCUUUGUUUUGUUUUUUGUUUUUUGGGUUUUUUUUGUUACAUUGACCCUCUUUGGGAUUUGUGACUAGCAAAUAUUAAUGUAUUCCUACUCUCAAAUCCCUUCGGAAUAUUCAUUUAUUCCUGGUGGAUGUGUGAAACCAUGUGGAUGACUUGUUGAAUCAAAAGUAUGAGAUGCCCUUCUUUAUUAGAUGGGACCCAGGCAUGUCUAAUUUUCCACAGAAGAUAAAGGAUAGUUUGAUGCACAACAUCUGAAGCAAAUCUAAAUGGAGAUGCUGUUUGUGGUUUUACCACUGAUGUAAGUUGUCAUGAGACAGGUGUUGAGAACACCAUUGUCCA